AUAACCAAGAAAAUCUUGUACGAGAGAAUGUUACAAGACAGCUAGCUGAUAUGAAAGGUGAUCAUUCACUACUAAAUAAACGUCCAAGUAUGAUCCAGAAGGAAGACUCGGCUAAAGAAUGCACUACUCAAGAAGAUUUGCUGAAUUCAAUAAUCGAAACUUCCAAUAUCUUUGAAAAA